AUGGCGCCGUGGCGGCGCGGGUUGCUGCAGCAGCUGCUGCAGCAGCAGCUGCAGCAGCAGCUGAGGCGCGGGCCCUGCAGGCCCAGCCAUUCCUUAAAAACCCCUAGAAGGGGGCUUCUUUACUGCUGCAGCUGGACGACUCACAGCAACUGCUGCAGCAGCCGCAGCAGCAGCAGCAGCAGUAGCAGCAGCAGUAGCAGCAGCAGCAGCAGCGCCUUCCCUGUGCCUCGAAGGCAUAUGCUGCACACAGCAGCGUCUGUGGCCGACCAAAUACAGCGAGAAGCUCUUGAUUCCGCGCAGCAACAGCAGCAGCAGCAGCAGCAGCAGCUUCAAGGCGCGACGACUCUUUCCAGAGAGCACGUUGAGGACCUGGCUUCUUGCAUGUAUUUGUCUGCUGCUCUUCGCCUGCCAGACCCCACACUGCAUGCAGCUUUAGAUGCAGCAGCAGCAGCAGUUGCUGCUGCGCUGAAGGCCCUCACACAAUCAGCAGCACCAGCAGCAACAGCAGCAGCAGCAACGGUGGGAGCAGCAGCAGCAGCGUCGGCGAGCGAAAAUGGGAUCAACACCCGAUCAGACACUGCUUCGUUACCAGCAGCAGCAGCAGCUGCAGCAGCAGCAGCAACAGCAGAUGCGGCUAACACUCCUACUGCUGCUGCUGCUGCUGCUGCUGCACUAGAUCGAAUAGGGGCGCAGCCGCUCGCCGUGCUGCUGCGGUGUAUGUACGCAUCGCCUGGCAGCAACCCCACAGAUGCAGCACUGCAGCACACUCUGCAGCUUCCCCCAGCAGCAGCAGCAGCUGGAGCUGCUGCUGCUGCUGCUGCUUUUCCCGCUGCUACCCGCAUGCAGCAGCACAAACUGCUGCACGCAGAGCUGCUGCUGGGUCUUUCUCUCUUGGCGCAGCACAGCAAAGCACCUGCUGCUUCCCUGGUAAACUGCUUGCAUGCAUACGGCAGCGGCAGCAGCAGCAGCAGCAGCAGCAGCAGCAGCAGCAGCAGCAGCAGCAGCAGGCCCUAUGGAGACCCUGGAGACACGAAUGCCGUGGCAACAGAUGGCAGCAGAUGUGCUGCUGUUUGCUGCUGCUGCAGCAGCCGGUAA